UGCUUGUUGCUUUCUGCUUGGCCUGCCAUGGACUGUUUCUCUAUAAUGACCCUCUGCUGUACUGACCUCCUUGGAGCCAGCUGACUAUGGAUUGAAACCCAUACAAAUUGCACAAAGUCCCAUACUGAGAAGUUCAGACAGGCAGAAUACAGCAAGCAGAUAUGAACAAACAUCGAAAGGCAAGAAAACUUUGUAAAACUCUAAAAAAGCAGGAUUCUUCACAUUUAGGAGACUGAAUGAGCACCAGAACAAUAAAUAAUCUGUAUAGUUCCAGAAAACUGGACUGAUUUGAAGGACAAGAAAAGCAAAAUGAAUGAAGUAAAGAUUGCUGUAUUGGGUGGUGAAGGCACCGGGAAGUCUGCCCUUACAGUAAGGUUUCUUACCAAACGAUUCAUUGGAGAGUAUGCUUCUAAUUUUGAAUCUAUCUAUAAUAAGCAUUUGUGUUUGGAAGGGAAACAAAUCAAUCUGGAAAUCUAUGAUCCAUGUUCUCAAUCACAGAAAAAAAAAGUGUCCCUCACAAGUGAGCUUCAUUGGGCGGAUGGGUUUGUUAUCGUGUAUGACAUCAGUGACAGGUCUUCAUUUGCUUUUGCAAAAGCCCUGAUAUACAGAAUUCGGGAGCCACAAAGCAGUCAUUGCAAAAGAGCCCUGGAACCAGCAGUGCUUUUGGUUGGCAACAAGCAGGACCUCUGCCAUGUGCGCGAGGUUGGCUGGGAAGAAGGGCAGAGGCUGGCCCUGGAUAACCGGUGCCAGUUCUGUGAGCUGUCUGCUGCAGAGCAGUGUGUGGAGGUAGAAAUGAUGUUUCUCAGAAUUAUCAAAGACAUUCUGAUACACUGUAAACUCAAAGAAAAGCGAAGAUCCAGUGGAUCUAAAUCAGUAGCCAAACUGAUCAAUAACGUAUUUGGAAAGAGAAGGAAAUCUGUGUAGUGGACCCAAAAUCCUAGGGAAUUUAUUUUAUCAAGGAGUUUCAAAUAGUCACAUGAUAAUUAAAUUUAGCUUUUGUAUGCAAUUUAAAAAAUUAUCUAUAAAUUUUAAAAUUAAAAAAAAAUUAAAAAUUUAAAAAAUGAGCACGAGCCACAGCUGCAUUUUUAAAUGUACUGUUUGUCCUUUUUGUUGAUUGUAUCUGGUUCACUGUGCUUCGCAUGUUAUCUCUCACUUUUAGUACAAAAUAGCACUCACUGCAGUCUCUUGGUGGAUUGUUAUACAGUGUACCAAGUAAAGUCUGCUCAUAUGUUUAUUAAACUACCGUUCCAAAAUGUAUCUACCUUUGUUUUCUGAGUAAUUCUAUUCAUACGGUUAAUGCAUUAUAGGGUGCAACUUAUAAAUUUGUGAACAUUAUUUAUUUAAUAGAAACACAAUGGAUUCAUUUAAAAAUGUCUUUUCAAUAAUCUAGUGAGUUCUAUGACAUUGCCCAUUUUUUACAUAUGAAUUAGGCCUUAAGAGUUUAUAUUCCAUGCCCGUAAAUAAAUAUUUUAU